GGUGGUUACCUGGUGGGUGCCGCACGAGGCAGGCGUCCCUGCAGAAGGUAAAACUGGAGAGUUGGGGAGAAGGGAGCAUCUGUUCACUAGGGGCAGGGCCUUCCUCUGUGAGCUCAGCCAGUCUUCUCAGGCACCCCACUGAGUUUCCGAGGCACUUGCCCAGUGUAUAUCAUAAACAGCUUAGCCUCCAGUGACAGAACUUGUGGCUGGGUGCGGUGGCUCACACCUGUAAUCCCAGCACUUUGGGAGGCCAAGGUGGGGUAUUACCUGAGGUCAGGAGCUCAAGACCAGCCUGCCCAACAGGUGAAACCCUGUCUCUACUAAAAAUACAAAAAUUAGCCAUGUGUGGUGGUGCGUGCCUGUAAUCCCAGCUACGAGGGAGGCUGAGACAGGAGAAUCGCUUGAACCCAGGAUGUGGAGGUUGCAGUGAGCCAAGAUCACAUCAGUGUAUUCCAGUCUGGAUGACAGAGCGAAACUCCGUCUCAAAAGAAAACAACAAAGAAAGAACUUGUGCCCCUUACUCCUGCCACCUGGACAAGUCCUCAUGUGCUUUCCCAUGAGAGUGACAGAGCUGGCCCUGGCAGUGGAGCGUCUUCAGAAGCAGAAUCUGGAGAAGGAUCAGGUCAACAAGGACCUCACCGAGAAGCUUGAGGCCCUGGAAUCCCUGUGGCUACAGGAGCAGGCGGCCCUGGAGACAGAGGACAGAGAGGGGCUACAGCAGAGCCUAAGGGACCUGGCACAGUCCGUCCUGUCGGACACUGAGAGCAGCGUCCAGCUGAGCGGCUCCGAGCGCACCGCGGAUGCGUCCGAGGGCAGCCUGCGGGGGCUCUCGGGCCAGCUGACCCCGUCCCCACCGCGGCGCUCCACGCCGGGCCGAGGCCGUUCACCCCGCCGAGGCCCCUCCCCGGCCUGCUCAGACUCCUCCACGCUCGCCCUGAUCCACUCCGCCCUGCACAAGCGCCAGCUGCAGGUCCAGGACAUGCGUGGGCGCUAUGAGGCAAGCCAGGACCUGCUGGGUACCCUGCGGAAGCAGCUUAGCGACAGCGAGAGUGAGCGGCGGGCCCUAGAGGAACAGCUGCAGCGCCUGCGGGACAAGACCGACGGCACCAUGCAGGCCCACGAGGACGCCCAGCGCGAGGUGCAGCGGCUGCGGAGCGCCAACAAGCUCCUGAGAAGGGAGAAGAGCAACCUGGCCCACAGCCUGCAGGUGGCCCAGCAGCAGGCCGAGGACCUGCAGCAGGAGCGGGAGAAGCUGCAGGCUGCCCAGGAGGAGCUGCGGUGCCAGCAGGACCAGCCAGAGGAAGAGCAGGAGGACGCAGUGCAGGAUGGUGUGCGGGUGCGCUGGGAGCUUGAGCACAGCCAUAGACAACUAGAGCAGCUGGAAAGGAAGCACUCAGUCCUGGCCAAGGAGCUGGUGGAGGUGAGGGAGGCGCUGAGCCGCGCCAUGCUGCAACGGGACAUGCUACAGGCCGAGAAGGCCGAGGUGUCCGAGGCGCUGACCAAGGCUGAGGCUGGCCGCGUGGAGCUCAAGCUCUCCAUGACCAAGCUGAGGGCAGAGAAGGCCUCCCUGCAGGACUCCCUGUCCAAGCUGAGCGCCCUCAACGAGAGCCUUGCUCAGGACAAGUUGGAUCUGAACCGCCUUGUCGCCCAGCUGGAGGAAGAAAAGGCUGCCCUGUAGGGCUGGCAGCGGCAGGUGGAGCAGGAGGCCACAGUGGUGCGGGAAGAGCAGGAGCGGCUGGAGGAGCUGCGGUUGGAGCAGGAGGUGGCGCGGCAGAGCCUGGAGGGCUCCCUACAAGUGGCGGAGCAGGCCCAGGAGGCGCUGGAGCAGUAGCUCCCCAUGCUGCGCUGUGAGCGCAGCCAGCUGCAGGAGCAGCUAGCGCAGGUCUCAAUAGAUAUGCCUCGGCUGCUUGAAAGGCAUUGAAAAUGGCCUGUGGCCUUGUCCAUCUAACAGAGUCCAGUAAAAUCCUGACAAUGGAAUGGGGAGAGAGAGUGAGAACCACCAAACUCAGCACACAACGACCGAGUUUAAACCUCUGUGCUAAGGGAUGAUCAGAAUCUAUCAUGGCUUCUAGUAGCAUAAGACCAUGUCUCACGAAUGACCCUAGGCUCCCAUGACAAUGCCUACCUAGGAAAGCUCAAGGCUGCCUGGGGAACUUACUUUAGUCCAGCCAAUACUUGCUGAUGAUGGUAGUUUCAGGAUCUUUCUUUCUUAUGGCACUUACUAAGAAGGGAAUCCUUCCUCCAUCCCUUUGAUAUAUGUGUGUAUCUCCUAGGGACUUCAGUGUGUCUUUGCCCAGGAUCUGAAAGCCAUUACUUUGAGGUGUAGUCCUCAGGAAGGACUGAGCCUCUGUCUUCCAGUCUCUGUGGGAGGUUAGAAUCCUAACUUCUAAUAUUGCCAGCUGGCAGACACAGCUGUCCUGAUGAGGCAGACAUUUAAAAUGAGCAAUCUUUUGUAAUGUUUCCCUUGUGCCCUGCCCCCUGCCCUCUCCCCUACCUCACUCUCCGAUUAGAAUGCCAUCACCUCCACACAAAGGCAAACGGAACUCAGCCCCUUCCUCUACGGUCAGUAGUUACUGAAUAAAAUUGGUUUUCAUCGAUUUGA